UAUCGGCAUAUAAAAGCCAGCGACACGGUCUACAACAGACGUCAUUCCACUUCAUCGUUCCACAGAAGACCGGUCAGAUUAAGCAAUAUGUUCUACUUGCUACUUCUGGCCUGCCUGGCCAUGGCAACUGGCUACAGCUUCAAUACCGAUUACUCGUGGAAGCAGGUCGAAUUCAAACUUCCAAAUGAUACCAUCCGAAAUGAGUUCAUCGCUUCCGGCGAUUACAUCCCGGAUAACAACAUGCCAUUAGGCUUGGCCACUUGGCACAAAAAAAUGUUCGUCACAAUACCGCGAUGGAAAAAUGGCGUUUUAGCUAAUUUAAAUAGCUUUUCGAUGGUCGACGCUACACACAGUCCGAUCUUAACACCGUAUCCUAAUCUCGAGGCAAAUAACAUUCAUUCACCUGACGGCCUCGUAAAUAUUUUUCGUGUCAGGAUCGAUGCUUGCGAUCGCAUGUGGGGUCUCGAUACAGGAAUAAACGAUAUUUUGGGAAAUUUCACAGUUGUACGACCGAUGACGCUUGUUGUUAUCGAUUUGAAAACGGAUAAGAUUAUUCGCAAAUACAUUCUGAAGGAUACAGACGUAAAGCCGGAUAGCUUCAUCGCCGAUCUUGUGGUCGAUGUUGCACCCGGACAAUGCGACAAAGUCUAUGCUUACAUGAGUGAUUUUGGUGAAUAUGGUAUGGUGGUAUACAGCUGGGAAAAGAACGAUUCUUGGCGAAUUAAUCAUCAUUUCUUCCAUUUCGAUCCAUUAAAUGGUGAUUACAAUAUUAACGGCUAUAACUUCCAAUGGACCGAUGGUGUUUUUGGAAUGUCUCUGUCCCCAAUUUGCGAUGAUGGAUACAGAACACUCUAUUUUCACGCUAUGUCGGGUAUCACGGAAUUUUCCGUGUCUACGAAUGUUCUACAAGAUAAUACAUUGAAAAAAGGGAAGAAUCACUAUAAUUUCCAUAUUGUUGGUAAUAAGGGACCGUUGACUCAAGGAUCAUCUUCCAUCAUCGAUUCAGAAACAUGCAUCGACUAUUUUACUCAAAUAAAUAGAAAUGGUAUAGCGUGUUGGGAUACUACAGUAAAAUUAAGUCCAAAAACAUUCAAUUUAGUGGCGCAGGACAACACGACACUGGUGUUUCCUCAAGAUAUAGCUAUCGACGAUACUUCUCGAAAAUUAUACGUGCUUUCUAAUAAUUUACAGAAAUUUUUAUUUGACAGCUUCGAUCCGUUAAUGACAAACUUUUUCAUUACUUCAGCUGACCUCGGAACAUUAACAUCUCUGUGCAAAAAUAAUACAGCAGAGUAGUUAAAGUUAGAUUACAAAAAAAUAUCUUUCUAUUUUACUAUUUAAUUAUACAUAUGUGUAAUAUUACAGACUUUUAUAUAAGUAUAAAUUAAGAAACAUUAAGUGUAUGAUAAGUACUUAUAUUUCUUUAAUGUUAACGCAACGUGUCUACACAAACGUAACUAUAAAUAAAGAUUUCUUUCGAUUAUCUUUUUAA